AUGGCUGAUGGCCAUAUAGAGAGUCAGAUAGCAUACGAGGAGCGCAUCGAUAGCAACAUUACCACGUUAACGACGACCAAUGCCGACACCCUCAAUGGGGUCAUACAAGGCCUAUUAUACGUUCCCGAAAUAACCCGCAUGCCCUCCUGCGACGCCCAGCAGUACGACUUUAUCCCCAGGAAUGUUACUCGCCGCUCCAACCUCCCUCCCACAAACUACAAUCUCAUAGCUCUUGCUCCCUGGUUCAGCAUAGACUGCACUGUAGCCUACCUCGCAUCCGCCCGCUCCGAUCCCAUCCGUGCCUUUAUUUUUUACAAGCCAAACAAUUCGUCAAACAAACCCCAGGACGUCGACUCCCCCGUCUGGAACCUCGACGAUGAUGGCGCGUGGAGAAAUCAAAACCAGUAUCCCGUCUUUGCCGUCUCGGGUCUCGAGGGUCAGAAAAUGAUGACUCAACUCAGCUACUACUCGGGGACCGUUGACCAGAUACCCCAUGGCCAGGAGAUUGCGCAACUCUACGGACCUAAUCCGAAAGAUUACGUUCGAAUAUGGACCGAGCUGACCAUGAAGAACCCCGCCAAUAUUCCCGCUCUGUGGAUAUUUUUCCUCAUCGUCAUCAGUGCUUUGCUGGCCAUCAUCGGUGGAAUUUCGCUCACCAUGCAUCUGAUUCAGAGGCGACGCCGCCACUCGCUGAGACGUCGCGUUGAAUCCGGCGAGGUUGAUCUGGAAGCGAUGGGUAUAAAGCGGUUGACCGUACCGUACACACACGUCAAGUCGUUCCCGCUCUUCACCUAUAACCAAGACCCGGAUUUGCUCGACAGCCCGCCAACGCCCUCGUCCCCCGGCCCUCGCGGGAAAACGAGGAGAAGCCGCAGACAUGACCGAGUCGCUCCUAGUGAUGUUAUAUCUCCCAGUGAGCAGAGCGUUCGCAGCACACGGAGCGUGCGAAGCAAGAGGUCGAGUAUAACAGGGUCCGAUACUACCGCCACCAACUUCCAGCCCAAUUGCCACAUAUGUCUAGAUCGCUUUGAACAUCGUGUUACCAUCAUCAAAGAACUCACUUGCGGCCACAUAUUUCAUCCCGACUGCAUAGAAGAAUACCUUCUCGAAAACAGCUCAUUAUGCCCAAUGUGCAAGUACUGCUUGCUGCCUCGCGGAUACUGCCCUCCCAUCACCAACGGAAUGGUUCGUCGCGAACGUGCCCUACGGAAACUGCGAGGAAGAGUUGACUUGGACGCUUCCUCUCUGGAAUCUGGCGAGAACAAAUUCAAGGGCUGGACAAAGAAAAUAUUCCACUUGCAGCACAACGCAGCUCCGCCCAAUGUCCCUCUGACGCCGAUCAAGGGCAAUAAGCCUGAUAGAGAUGCUUCUGGGAAGAAAAUAUCCACAUCUACAGAGCAGCCUGUUGCGGAAACUGAAGCUGCUAGAGCAAUACCAGUAACGCCGUCUGGAACAACCAUUAUGGAAAUAUCCGAAUCCGAAGAGGAUGCAGUCGGAGAGACAACAGCCACUGUAACGCAGAAUCCGGCGCCGACAACUCGGACAAAGACCCGCAAGCCUCAACCUCGCGCUUUGAGAUUGUUGCCCACGGCUCCAGAGGGCGUUGAGCUGGUAGUGGCACAGCGUGCCGGAGGACACAGCCCUUCGUCGUUUGCACGAGAGCGUAUGCGGGAGAUUGCAAGCCAGAAUGCGCCAUUCGAGGACCCGGACUUGAGGCGCCCCAAAUGGCGACGCGUCGUUUCGAGUGUCUUUCCUGGAUUCACAUGAGCGUGCACUUCUACGUUUCUCUAACUUUAUGAGCUAUGUUCUCACCGUUUCCUCAAGAAAUAGCAUGGCGCCGGCGUUUUAUUCCCUAUGGGAUUCUUUUCUUUUCUUAAUCUUUUAUUUUGCAUCACCGUGGGGAUACUUUUAUCUGAAUAUGGCGGAGUCAAGGCAGGCGGAGUUGGAAUAUUGGAAACGGACAUGUCGUUUUAUCCCUCUUACGGUUGACAUAAGACCACCGCUUCUCUCAACGUCUCUCGCCGCCAUCGAGCGGCUACACGAGAGGAACUGUUUGCAACAGCGCUACGGCGAAGCUUAUACCAAAUUACGAUGCAAUGCACCCUUCAUCUAGAUUCUUCAGUAUGAAGAAAUACCACGAUAUAGAGGCUCAAGUACUUCCGGUACAUUAUAAUACUGGGGGGCUUAUAGGAGGGACGACUAGGCGUUUGGAGAGGGCGUUUUAAACCAAAGGAUUGUUUGGUUGGUUCGACCACUGGGAUCUGGAAAAAAGUGUUUUUGUUUUUGUUUAGGCAGGAUCUGAAGGGGUUAUAUGAGAUAUAUGUAUCCAUAGGAGGCUGAGGCGGCGGCUGUCUGAUUUUCACAUGCACUUUUGGCAUACUGCUUGAUUGUCUAUUUGUAAUAGAGUGAAAUGUGACGUUUACUUUUAUU